UUGUACGUACUCUACCUUUUUGUACUGCGGGAAAGGGCUGACCCCCUGUUCCUGUUUUGUCUCCAACUUCUCACUUCAAUUCAUACAACCACCUCGACGCGGCAUGCCUGAGGACGACCAUUCACAAACCAUGAUCCUAUUAUAGCACUCCUUCGCCAGCCAUUUCCCCGAAAGCGGCCAUCCCGUGAAGCUGGACUUCAGGAUGCCUCUCCUUCCAAAACUCACUCCGCUGCAGUCCAGAUUCGCGGCCUCGUUAGCAGCAUCAGUUUUCCUCCUCCUUGUCUACCUCUCCUUGACCAAGCCACAUUUCGCUUAUGCCCUCGAACUUGAUUCACGGAUACCCUCCGAAGACCAUAACCACUAUUUCAUAUUUGACGAGGAUCCGUUGGAACUCUCAAUCGAGGUAGAACAAGAGGAACGGAUUGCCGCCCGUGCUGAGGCCGGACCGGCGUUGGCAAACAACGAUGCACAAAAUAUCAAUAUCAAUAUUGGCGAGACGCAGAAUUGGGUUUUCCCAAGCGAUGCCGUGAAUGGCUCCCAUGGCACAACUGGGGUUGGACUGCCGUCUGAGAAAUUGGAGGAAAGAGAAAUUGACAUUGAAGUAUCAGAACUUCGAAAGCGUGCCGGAACCAGAGUGUACAUCUCUCUCAAUACUUGCUUGCAGCCCUCGUCGAACACUACUAACGCGACCUCCAACGAUGCAAUACCACCACAAUUGACAAUGUACGUUUCCCUGUCUGACUCUAAUCAGACACCCGGCCCAGAUGCCGAUAGCUCAACCCAGCAAACAAUCACAGUCGAUGGUGGAUAUGCCUUGUUUGAGGGAACCGCGGAUAGCAGUGUAUACAUUGGUGUUAGCGCACCCAACACCACGACGUUUGUGGGCAUCUGGAACUACGAAGUUGCAGCCUCGAUAGAUGCACCUUACCACGGUCUGCACCAAAACUCGUCAAACUUGUAUUUUGUCGACGGCGAUAAUCAUGCAGCACUGCUGAUCACGAACGAUACAACUGAAGCCGAUUCGAACUCGACCGUAUACCAAGAGUGGAUGAACAUGAGUCCGCCUUGGGGAGUAUUCGCUGCAAAUCAAAACGACACCGCUAUCCUCGGUGUGAAGAAUUCAUUCUGUGGUCUCAAAACCUAUGCCCAAAUUGCGGCCAAUAUCGAUGGUUUCAUGAAUCAAAAUGUCGCUAAGAUGACCAAUCGAGGGCUGGGAGGCAAACCGAAGGAGCAGUUCUACAUCACAGGACUCAAUGCCAGUUCGAAUUACUGGGGCAUGUUGGCUAUGGUGGGAAAUUCAACAGCAUCUGGCAAUGGUGUGGUGGGAGGUGGAGGGACAGUCUGGGAGUACAUUGACUUUCAGACCAAAACCGAAGACAACUGUGCUCUAAUGUACAACCUCUCUUUUUGUUCGGAAGUCGCAUAUGCUGUCCCAACAAACCCUGACAAAUAUCCUCCUUUUACAGGCGUCCCCGAUCUAGCUGGUCUUUACGACUCUCACGCCGCACAAAUGUACCAAUACUUCAACUACUCUCUACAACAAAUACCAUGUAACACCACCUCGAGCUCACAGUAUUCUUUGGCGCGGAACUGUGACGACUGUGCGCGCGCCUACAAACAAUGGCUCUGCGCCGUGACGAUACCUAGAUGUGCGGACUAUUCGAACACAAGCCCGUACCUGAUGCCGCGGAACCUUGGCCAGCCUUUUGUCAACGGGUCAACCAUCUCCUACUCAGAGUACGGUCUCACCCAACAGCUCCUGGACGCCGUGGCGACCAAUUCAUCACGAAAUCCCAUCAUCGACGAAACCAUUCGACCUGGCCCCUAUAAAGAAGUCCUUCCAUGUAAGGAUCUGUGCUGGGAUCUGGUUCAGAGCUGUCCGGCAGCUCUGGGAUUCGGUUGUCCACUACCGGGUGCAGGGCUAGAGGAGAGCUAUGGCAGCAGAAGUAACAAUUCGGGCCUGAUCACAUGUAGCUACCUGGGCGCUGCAUAUUAUCUCAGCGGAGCAGAGUCUGUCUUGAUCCCGGGUCAGAGAAUUGUGGCACUGGUGGGUUUUGUGGCGGUCCUGAUGAACCUCUUCUAGACGCACAUGAAAGCAUGAAGCGCUUUCACCAAUGUAUGAGUUCAUGACGAAGUUUGAGCAAUUCUUCUUUCAGCGAUAUAGCGUGGUGUUUGGGGGAGUUUGACCAUUAAGCCUCGUAGCAUGGUGUUCACGACGGGCUAUUCGUGUUUCAUAGAUCGCAA